UCCAGCUCUGCCUGAGCGCAGUUUCUGGGCUGCUUCAUUGUUUGUGCGUCUUCCCCUCCUCCAGCUGAAGUUAUUCACUGCUGGAUGCUGGUAUUUUGUGGCUGCCAAGGGUGUAUUGCAAGGCCGCCUUGCCUCCCUUCUCCCUGUCUGCCUGCUUCCCAGGACUUCCCAGAGGUGCUUUUUCCAGGAGGCAACUGGACUUUCUGGUUUUUUUGGAAGACGUUUUGCUUCUCGUCCCAGAAGCUUCUUCAGCUCGGACUGGAUGGACAAGGGAAGAUGCAGACUUGAUAGCGCAUGACAAUGUAAUUCUGGAUAGAUUUUUUCAGCCCCAACAAAUUUCCAGCAUGUACAGACCAGGAGAGAAAGUCAAACGGCGGCUACGCGCUCACGGUUCCAGCAUCAGAAACGUCGAAAUUGCUAGAGGGAGAGCAGGAUACGGUUUUACUGUUUCCGGCCAAGCUCCCUGCGUGCUUAAUUCUGUUUUAAAAGGAAGUCCCGCAGAUUACGUGGGGCUCAAGGCCGGAGAUAAGAUAUUUGCAAUCAAUGAAAUUAAUGUGAAGAGGGCCUCCCACGAAGAUGUGGUGAAGCUGAUAGGCAAAUGCUCCGGGGUUUUGCACAUGGUCAUUGCAGAAGGGUUCAGUCACGCCGAAGCUUGUUCAAGCGACGAAGAAGAUGGUCUUUAUGAUGGCAAAGGGUGGCCAAAGACCAAGCCUGACUUGAAAGGCCCCGGUAUAAACCGGGCAGAGAAAGUGGUGGAGGAAAUGCAAUCAGGUGAAAUUUUCAACAUGAUCUUCGAAAGUUCUAAUAUUUGUGCUAGUGAGGUGCCGAUACCAAAAAGAAAAGAAACUUCCGCUCACGACGGGGCCAAGAUGGAAACGGAACCUCUGCCGAGGAACGAUCAACCCCACGUGCCGUACAAUGAGGAACAGCCACAAGCCUUGAACAAUGACUUGUUUUCUCGGGCUGGAUGGGAAAAUCAGGAGUACUGCGGAAUUGACGCCAGCAUUCUAAACGUGGCCAUGAUCGUGGGCUACCUGGGAUCCAUCGAACUCCCUUCUUUGAGCUCGAAUCUGGAAUACGACAGCUUGCAGGCCAUCCGCGGUUGCAUGCGCCGUCUUCGGGCCGAGCAAAGAAUCCAUUCCUUAGUGGCGAUGAAGAUCAUGCACGACUCCAUUCAGCUCUACACAAACCUGUCCGUUGUGAUUGCAAAGUAUCCAGCCGAGAAGCUGGCCUUUAGCGCUCUCUGUCCCGACGACAAACGUUUUUUUGGACUGGUCACCAUGCAGAGCGUGGACGAGGCAAGCUUAGCUUCGGAGGACAAAGUGGUCUUGAGGACCUCCUGCCACGUGUUUAUGGUGGAUCCGGAGCUAUUCAGUCAUAAAAUUCAUCAGGGCAUUGCCCGCCGAUUCGGAUUGGAGUGCACGGCGGAUCCCGACACCAACGGCUGCCUUGAGUUCCCUUUGUCGUCUCUCCCAGUCCUUCAGUUUGUCUCUGUCCUGUACAGGGACAUGGGGGAUUUCAUCGAGGGGGUGCGGGCCAGGGCCUUCCUCGACGGAGAAGCAGAUGCCCAUCAGAACAACAGUAUGAGCAGUAACAGUGACAGCGGGAUCGGGAACCUCCAUCAAGAAGAAAAAAGUAGGGUUUUAGUGGUCGAUUUAGGAAGCAACAUCAACAAACACCUGCUUGGUAAUAACGUACAGGGCAGUCCAAUAAACAGAGCUCACAACUCCCACUGGAAUUUUGGUCACGAACAAGAAAACGUAGGGUCAGGAGCCGUGUUCCAGAACGAUAAAUCUCAAAACCUAAAUAAAUUCCUGGCGUCUUCGGCUCACGUCGACGUUGCGGUAGCGGCUUCGAAAAGCUCAGCGCCGCCCAAUAAGAAGAACCCCGCGGACAAUCAGAGGUGGUUGCCUGUUCACGUACUGAAAGAUUGGCAACAGGGAUGUCUAAGCGACCAAGAGUCGUACACGGAUUCCACCGACGGCUGGUCAAGCGUCAACUGCGGGACGCUUCCGCCUCCUAUGAAUAAAAUCCCUGCGGAUAGAUACAAGGUCGGCGGCGGCUUUGGCCAGCCUCAUCUCGUGUCCCCAACGAAAGAACUGGCUGAGAAAGAAUUUCAGGUGGCUUCAGAUCCCUUCGAUUCUCGACCCGGUUUCAGAACCCCCAGAGAAGAAAAAAAGAUAAAUACGGGGGCAAAAUUCGGACCCGAAUUCGGAUUGGCACAACUCUUCCAUCAUUCUUCUUUGGCUCAAAAAUCGUUUGGGCGCGCCAAGAGAUUCAGCGUUACCCGUUCGCUCGAGGAUCUCGAGUCUACAACCGUGUCUGAUGGAGAGCUCAAUCACAGUGACUUGAAAGAUGGCGCCAGUGACACCAGCCUCAGCAGCAAUGCCAGUCUGCCCAGCGUCCAGAGCUGCCGACGACAACGGGAAAGGAGAGUUGCCAGCUGGGCUGUUUCCUUUGAGCGGCUUCUUCAGGAUCCCCUGGGUAUUCGAUAUUUCUCUGAUUUCUUGCGGAAGGAGUUCAGCGAAGAGAACAUUCUGUUUUGGCAAGCCUGCGAAUAUUUCAAUCACAUCCCUGCCCACGACAAAAAAGAGCUUUCCUUCAGAGCGCAGGAGAUCUUUAAUAGGUAUUUAUGCAGCAAAGCUACGACUCCAGUCAAUAUUGACAGCCAGGUCCAGCUGGCAGACGAUGUCCUGACCGCACCCCAUCCACACAUGUUCAAAGACCAACAGCUUCAGAUUUUCAAUUUGAUGAAAUUUGACAGCUACGCACGCUUUCUGAAGUCUCCAUUUUACCAAGAAUGCGUUUUAGCAGAAGUGGAAGGCCGUCCAAUCCCCGAUCCACAAUGCGUCACCAGCAGCCCUACACUGAAGUCCAGCUUCGGCCCGGAGACGUUUAGUGUCUCCACUCCAAGAAAGUUAGGUGGAAAAGCCAAGUCUGGGCGCUCCUUACAUGAAGAAUCGGGAGGAGAGGAAGACGGGGAGAAAAAGAAAAAAGGGGCGUUUUUCUCCUGGUCGAGGAGCAAGAGUUUGGGGAGGUCACAGAAGAAGAAGGAGAACGGCCAUUGUCUCAAAGAGUCUUCUCAGCCCGGUGGGCUGUCUUACAGACAUAAAUCUCAAGAGUCCUUGUCUUCCGCUGCCAGCCUCGAGAUGGGCGAGCCCUGUCGAGCACCGGGGCCCCCCGCGGCGAAAGAGAAGCCCCCCAAAUGCUGCCACGUCACCCUCCCAGACGGCUCCACCUCUGCCAUGCCCGUAAGAGCCGGGUCCUCUGUCAAAGAGGUGCUGUCCGACUUCUGCGAACGGCAACGCAUCAGCAUGGCCGCAGUCGACCUUUUUUUAAUCGGUGGAGAUAAGCCCCUCGUACUGCACCAGGACAGCAGCAUUCUGGAUGCUCAAAACCUCCGCUUGGAAAGAAGGACUUUAUUUCGGCUCGACCUCGUCCCUAUAAACCGGUCGGUUGGUUUAAAGGCUAAACCCACCAAGCCGGUCACAGAGGUUCUGCGUCCGGUCGUUGCGAAAUAUGGACUGAAUCUUAAUAACCUUGUGCCAAGACUAAACGGGGAGCAAGACCCCUUAGACCUCGGGGCCCCCAUCUCCAGCCUUGACGGACAGAGGGUGAUUCUGGAAGACCGGAUUUGUCCAAAGGGGAAAGACAAGGGGAAAGGAGCGUCAUUAAAACACAGUGCGCCUGUAACUACUAAUGCAGGAAACCAGGCACUCACAGGCGAAGGAAGAACGGUAGGAAAGCACAACUCUUUUAAAUUAAAAGGAGAGCCUGGCAAGAGCUCCAGAGAAGCCCAUCGGGCGCCAAGGGAAGACCGCUUUGCUCAGACUGAAAAAAACACACACCGGCCCUUGAAUUUGGAAGAAGCCGAGGAGUUUUUCGAACUCAUCUCCAAAGUCCAGAGUAACCGAGCGGAUGACCAACGAGGAUUGCUGAGAAAAGAAGAUCUGGUUUUGCCCGACUUCCUGCACGUGCCCUCCUGCCCAAUCGGCGUUUCCACAUCUGCCCCCAAGGAAGCGACAGGCUCCCGCCCAAGAACGCCCCAUCCUGACCGCCAGGAGAAAUGCAGCGAGGACAGCAGCUGCCCGCCACACCCAAGCGACCCGACGGACGGACAAAGAGGUCCAGAGAAGCCUCUGAGGACGCCCGUGGCCCUCAGCCAGGCGACUGGCGAUGGCACCACCGCUGGGACUGCUCCUCGCCCUCCGAAUCUGCUUUUGCAGGGCAGCCCGAGGUGGAAAGAAGAGGUGGAGACGGUGGCGGAGGAGAACGUGGUCCUGACAGACCUGACCCUGGUGGCCGAGGGGGACAUUGCCAGCCCCAACGGCAGGCUGAUCCCCUCCAAGAGGGUCAGUCCCACCGAGGCAAAAGCCACCUCUGAGAAAUUCAGGCCAGGUGUCCUCCAUAGGCCGAGAAGCCACGUCCGAGGAAGCAACGGAAGCCUUUACGCACCAACCUCCCCAAACCCUUGUUGUGACUUUAAUCCCGCUGGGGUCGGAAAGGAAACUGGUAGACCCGAACUCCCGAUCCGUUGCGUCAUAGAUGUGGACAGUGUUACAGCAUCGCACGGGCCGGAGUGGCCUUGUUCUGAGCCGGAGAGCGAUGUCCCCAGGGCUGCUCAGCCGAAGAGGCCAGCGAGAACUGAAAGGACGUCCCGUCUUCCCACAGUCCCCGUUGCCGAGAAAAAUAAGGAGAACGAGAGUCCUUCUAAGGCGACUUUUGUUUGAAAGUCUGGAGACAUGACGCCGGGAGAUUGGGCGAGCUGUGGCGUUCGUGCAGUGAACACUCCAGGCCGAAUCGUCAUCACUGGGCAGAAGGGAAUCUUGUGACACCCGUUUGAGAACACGGGAAAGAUGCACUCAUUGCAAACCUUAUCACAACUUCUCGUCCCCAUUGUAGGGUCAACAACAAUAGACACGCGCUUCGACCCACAUCUCUUCCACUCUUCUCUGUGGAGGAUGUGAAGGAACCGGGCGCCCAACCCGUUUCCACCCAUCCUUGCAAUGUCUACAGAGAUUCUCCGUCCUCCAAGUCAUGAUGGUCCCGAAGGAGGACCCUGGAGGCAACUGGACUUUCUUGUUUUUUCUUUGAAGACGUUUCCCUUCUCAUCCCAGAAGCUUCUUCAGCUCUGACUGGAUGGUGGGGAACGGAAGGAUUUAUACUCCUUGCAGACAGC